AUGGACAUCGAGAAUCAUGGGAAGGUCUAUCUCCCCGACAGAGUCAUUCAUGCCAGCAGAGAGGAUGGUAAGGCGUACCGCAACGACAUUUCGAUGCGAAUGGCUGGAAACAAGUACUUCAUCCAGAUCCUCCGACAGGGAGGAGUCCAGAAGGACCAACGCAUCCUGAGAGUCGCCCGACUGUUGGAUCAGCUCAAUGGACAGGAGCAGAAACUUAUCGACUUGACUGACGAACUUUUCGACAUCUGCGACAGAGAGAAGUUGCGGUACGUAGGCUAUCAUCCCCGUCUGGAGCGCCUCAUGAAGGACGUGCGCUACGCUGCAGACUUCGUGGAUGAGUACGCAAAGAGAGUCGGCCUCUGGUUGGACUACCACCGCACACAUGGCAUCGGACUUGGUGAUACUGCCAGAUCUUCCCUUCAAAACAGCAUCUCAAAGCAGCGAGAGUUCACUACAGGCCUCGUGUGGUCUGCGGCCAUGGCCAAUCCCGCCGGAAUGAUUCGACCCCCUGGUCCAGGCAAACUUCCCUACGGUCCUCGAGGUGCCCCCAACCCUGAGCUGCAGGAGCCUCGGAAGUACAAGGAUGGCAAGGUUGUCCCUAUCGCGGAGAAAAACCCCCAGACCGGUGAUUUGCAGCCCUUGAACUGGCGAUACGACCCAGACAUCCGUUACCCCACUUCUUACAACAAGUUUCUGCGUUUUGAUGGUCCGUACUUUUCUCCCAACAAGCCGAAGGAUUCUGCCGAGUUGAACGAGUUCUUCCUGCCCGCGUCUUUGGUCAAGAUUCGGGACUACUACACCAGAAGAUACGUUCAUGCCGAGAACAUCGUCAUGAACUCAGGCCGUAUGCCUUACCGAAGCCCGGAGCAGGAGGCAGAAUUUCAGGAAGAGCAAAAGUUGCUUGGAGAUUCGCUUGCACUUUCAUCUGGUGAGAAUUAUGACCGUUUCUCGAUUGUGAAAGAACUGCCCCACGAUGAGCCGGUUGAGAACGCAACUCGGCCAUAUGUGUGGAUCAAGCCAGGAACUUCCACGAGGCAGGUCAAUUUCGGAAGCGGAACAGGAAAGUUCAAGCCAGAGGACCUCAACCGGGCAAUGAAGCAUCACGAGACCAACAUGCCGCACAAUGUCCCUACUGUUGAUCACGGCAUCCGCCUUCUUAUGAACCGGAACAUUGAGAAUGAGGAGGUGCCCUGA